AGCUCUAUGGGCUAGGAGCAAUGCAAUACAUGGAAAGGAAAGCAGCUGGUAAGGCUGUUGCCAGUCGACGACUAGUCACCCGACGCCCGUUUCCUACCGGCAAGCUCGCAGCGUCAGCGUCCGGAUUAAUAUACGGCUCAUCAAUUUCUGAAAGGGCUCAAGCAAAGCAAGCGCUUGUGGACCUUGUGAGGUUCACCAACCGAGGCCUCGGCGUGGAAACUUUUCAGCGCGGAUUAAUAGAAGAGGCGCAGGUGCUCGUCGAGGGAUUCCAGGGCGAACGCCUGGAUUACUCACUGCUUUCAGGGAAAUGGAAGCUUAUCUACACAACUGCAAGGGACGUCCUGCCCAUCCUUGAGGCCGAAUAUCGCUUAAGCCCGGGUCCGCUGAGUGGCAUUGGCCUGCCGCGACCGUUGGAAAUCGGGAACAUUUACCAGCGCUUCACCAACCCAGAACUGGGCGUAGUCGAGAACAUUAUAGACAUCACGGCGUUUGGGUCCUCGCUGAGCUUCACUGUAGGCGCCAGGUACGACAUUCGCAGCGACAAACGCAUCGCACUGGUGUUCGAAGAGGCUCGAGUGGGCGAUGUGCGCAUCAGCGAGGCGGUGGAGGCGGCCAUUGCACCCGCACUGCUGCCCCGCGGCUCCCUGCAACACAUGGUCCUGCUGGCGUUACGGGAGGCCCAGUUCAGGUUCCAAUUCCGUACGGCAGCUCAGCUAGCCAGCAGGGCUGUUACGCGGAGGGACAGCGUCCCUGCGGGCUACCUGCUGACGUAUCUUGAUGAGGACAUGUUGAUUGGGAGAGCGGUUGGGCUGGGCGGCACGUUUGUGUUUUUAAGGGAGAGGGAGGAGAUGUGAUGAGGGGUUGCAUGCAGGGCGUGUAUGUACGGUAGAGUAUACAUCGAUCCAUUUCGUGGGAAUAUGGUGAGCAGGCGGGGCUGCUUACGGGUGUUACCGGUACUGCCUGGGACGAUGGCUCGAGAGAGAAGUCAAAGGCGGCAGGCCGUGCCGAAACACAUGAAGACGGGAUUCGAAGGACAUACCGGUAGGAUGCGUCUUACCAAUAGUGCAGGAUCACGACGUCGAAGGAACAGCUUGAGCACACAAGCAGUCUGGCACGUUUGCAGCUGCGAGCUGCGACUGUGCCCUGCACCGUUUGUGCCGUUCCUUGGUUAGAUGGCCGUUAAACAUAGGAUGUUGUACGGAUCUG